AUGGUGGAAGCGAUUCUUGAUGUCGGGCUAUCAGAAUUAGAAAACACUGGUGAAACAAUGCCCGAGGCAACCAAGAGCGCUGUGGUAACCCUCCUUUUAGGCUUUCUCCAAAGGAAAAUUACGUACGAAGAAGCAUCUUAUCAAAUGCAAUCAAUGAUAGGAAAUUGUUCGCCUUUGGAUAAGCUGAAUGCUAUAGUUAACCAACCUGAUGAGCCAAUCCCACAAGCAGCAAGUCCUCAAGAUUCAAAUAGAUCCAAGAGUAGACCUUGGACUCCUUACGAGGACCAAAGGCUUUUAGCAGGUAUAUAUAAAUUUGGUCCAGAUCAAUGGAAUAGCAUUGCAAAUUACGUAGGAAACGGUAGAACCCGCGCUCAAUGUAGCCAAAGAUGGCAACGCGGCAUCAAUCCAAAAAUAUCUAAAAGCGCAUGGAAUCCAGAAGAAGAAGCAAAAUUACUUAGCCUUGUUGCUAAGCACGACAAAAGUUGGAAAUUAAUCAGCGAUGAACUUGGAAAUAGAAGCGAUGUCCAGUGUCGUUAUAAAUACGUACAGCUUAAGAAACACCCUAACAUGUCUGAACAAGUCGAAAAUUCAAUGAGGGGGUCAAAACAAUGGCAAAGUCCCAUGUCAGAUCAAAUGGGCCAAAUGGCUGCUCAGCAAAGCAUGAUGAAACAAAUGGGCGUUAAUCAAAACCAAUUGAACCAACAGAUGCAGAUGACUCAAGCUAAUAUGCAACAAUACAUGCAGAAUUCUCAACAGAAAUCAAUGGAUCAAAUGCCUAUGCAACAGAUGUCAAAUCAGAUGCAACAACUUUCCAAUAUGUUGAUGCAACAAGGUGGAUUGAAUCAAAUGCAAGGCCAGAAUCCUUUCUCAAUGAAUCCAAUGCAACAGAUGCAAUUCCAAAUGCCUAUGCAACAAAAUACAAAGAUGAACCAUCAGACGAAACCUAAAAAACCUCGAAAUACAAAAAAUCAUAACGCCCAAGCAGGUGGAGCCUCCAAUAGUAAGCAAAAUGCAAUGCAGAACCAUAUGAUGCAACAGCAACAGCCUCAGCAGCCACAACAAUCUCCAAUUCAACAAUCAAUGCAAAACCAAAUGAACCAAACAAUGUCAAUGCAGCAGCUACAGAACCAGAUACAAAACCAAAUUCAGCAACAACUACAAAGUUUGAACCAGCAGAACUCACAAAAUUCUUAUUCCGCCAUGAAUCAGCAGAAUAUGAAUCAACAAAUGCAGCAACCACCUCAGCAACAAUUCCAACAGCCACAGAUGUCACAGCAAUCGAAUUACAAUACUCCAAUGCAGCAAAAUUCUCCUUCUCAGUACCAACAAACAAAUCAACAGCAAUUCCAGCCACAACCGACCCAAAAUCAGUACCAGCAGCAGAUGCAACAAAUGCAGCAACAGAUACAGACACCUACGAUGACACAAAUGAGCUCUACUUCGCCAAUGCCUACACAAGCACAAAGCGCUUUCGAUACAGCGUAUUUCGAAUUGGAAUUGGCAAUACCUACUAUAGAUGCAAACUGGUUUUCGGAAUAUUGA